AUGUAAUCCUUCGCAUGGGAUGGCCAAGAUCCGAACUUACAGUUCUUAUUAGCCUACAAGUGGGUGUCUCAUUCGUCCUCUGACUUGGUACUUUGGUAGUAGUCCAAGUUUUGGUUGAGUUGACCAUGACAAAGAAAUCUUCCAAUGCUCGCAGGAGAGCUCGAAAGAAGGCACAGCAGGAAGCGGCGCAACAGCCAGGAACAUCCAAAGGCAAAAAGAGGCAACUUCAAGAAAAGAUUCAUUCUUCCUCUGAUCCCCACCCAACCAGUGCCAACAAGAAAAAGAGAAAACGAAAUCAAGACAAUCUCAACCACCACAAGAAUAAGAAGAACGUCAAAGAAGAUGACGAUGAUUUGCUGGCAUUUGCUCAAGCCUGGGCAUCCAAUACCAACAACAACAACAAUAACCAAAGGAAUGAGAAAGAGAAGAAUCCAGUAGUGAAUGAUGUGGAUCGCCCACUUCCACCCUUUCCUUCUCGCUUACCAGUUCCUACGGAUGGCUUUCUGCGGGACGAAGAUCCCUACCGAGAGUCUUUCCAAGCUGCCGUGGACACGGUUCAUCAAGGACUUGUCUGGGAAACAUCAUUGACUUCUACUACUACAAGUCUAUCGGAAGAUCAAAUCCAACGAGCUCUUGUCACCAUGGACGACGCCAAACUCUUUCGAACCGAUGUCACACAACCGGCUGGAUUGGGAGCCAAACUAGUGCCCUCUUACGUUACACGUUGUCUCUUGGGAGACGAAGGAACCACCUAUCGAUACUUGGGAUUGCGCAUGUUUGCGCAUCCAUGGAAUGGAAAGCACACCAGCACUGAUCAAAAAUUACAAUCCGCAGUGACGACCUUUGGAUCUCUCAAUCAACACUUGUCACGACAAACCAAGAAACACCUGACGGCAUUCCAUGAAAAACGGGGAAUCGACCAGUCCUCCAAACAAGACAACAAUAAGAAAGCAUGCUUCACCGUCACACUCAUCAACAAAAUGACACCUCACAAACGACUCCGAGAGGAACCCAUGUUCCAAAACAACAAAUACUCGGUAGGAUGGCAUGCGGAUUCGAGCCUCGAACACUUCUCCACCAUUGCCGUCUAUCAUACCAUCCUGGCAGCAGAAGCAACCACCAAACAUUCGAGCAAAAAACAGGACGACGACGAAUGGGCCGUGGCGCUUCGUGUCACUCGUCAUGCCGAAGGACCCAAAGCCAAACGAUUGGGAGACAUUACCGUCGAUGACACAGGGCCACCGAUUGCCGUGGCGUUGCCAUCGGGAUCCACCUACUACAUGCUCCACGACUACAAUCAUCAUCAUCAACAUGCCGUGCUGGCACCACCCACUCAUACCAAUAAGUCGACUCGAUACUCGUCUACUCAUCGACUGUUGCGACCCGGCCACACGGUCCAAGAAAUGAUUGCCAAGUGUCAACACACGAAUAUGCAGCAUCAUGGACCCAAAAAAUGGCGAUCGGAACAAUUGCUGCUGAAUGAAUUGGAAAAUGAAUGGUUGCGACAAUUCUUUAUUCAAGGACCGGAACAUCAACAAUUGCUAUGGGGAUAUUGGAAGACGCCCCUGACACAACUCUUUGACUAUUGGGAACGGCUCGAAGCCCGGACGUUGCAAGUGGUCACGUUGCUGGGAAAUGCAGCCGUGGCGCGGUGUCAUAAUGACAACGACAACAACAAGAAACAAUACCAGGAAGCCUUGGCCAUUGUCAUGCAGGUACAAGGAGACCGCAAGAAAAAGAACAAUGCGCUCGAAACAAUCUACGAACCAUUCGCCAAAUUACUCUUGGAACGAGCCAAAUCCAGAGAAUUGUGGGCCAAACGAGAAAAGGAUCCCGUAUUUGCCAAAAUGCCAAAGGAAUGUCGUCCCAUUCCCUUUCCUGUGGCAUAUGGUAAGGAGAACAAGAAGGACCAUGAUAGUAUGGCCCAUUCUUCCUUGCCCGACGGGUCACCGACUUUUUUGACGCAACUGGCGGUCCAAGUUCAGGCAUGGGGUCGUGCUUUUGAUUCGCGCAAUGCGAAACAUUUGCCCAACGACAAUGUUCUACAUUGCUAGGGGCGUGAUGGAUGCCAUGUAGCUAUGGUUUGUUCACUUGCUGCUGCUGGUAAUAGAAAGAAGAAACCACGAACGAAACCACGCGUGUUUUUGUUAAAGUAGGUAGAAUCGCAAUUUUGGAUUUU